CAAUCCGAUUAGCGAACUUGAUAAGAUUUUCACAGACUUAAUUUGUAUUUUCAUUUGUAAUCAAUGAUUAAGAUGAUAAAAGUGCCUUACCUGCCCUCGAGAUGGCGCAUUGACUAAGGUGAUUUUAAGGCGGAGCAAAGUAUUGUUUGAUUAACAAAAGUGACCUGAGGAUCGCCAAUUUAACUUGAAAUCUUUUUAACUUUUUUUACUUGUUGAAUCUUCAUCAGCCCCGAAAUGGGUGCACCAAAAGAUUUAACCGUGUGUAGCAACAAUUCGGUAAAAAUAUCGGUUCCGUGGCAAUCACCAUCAGCAGCACUUCGUCAACAGUUAUCAACUUCAUCAUCGUUGUACAAUCAUCUUCAUCACUCAACCACCAACAAUUCCAAUUCUUCGUCUUCUCCUGCUACAAAUGGACUUGUUAUUCGUGGUUUAGGUUAUUUGACCAAAAAGAAGGAGGAAAUUCUGAGGGACAUCAACAUGACGGUUCCAAAAGGUACAAUUUACGGCCUAUUGGGACCCAGUGGAUGUGGUAAAACAACUUUACUUCGUUGUGUCGUCGGUUGUCUUCGACCUCAAUAUGGACAAAUCAUGAUUUUUGGUAAACAGCCAGGCCGUGAAACCGCUCAAAUUCCUGGUACUGGUGUGGGCUAUAUGCCUCAAGAAAAUACGCUCUAUGAGAAUAUGACCAUAGAAGAAGUUUUAAUCUAUUAUGGUCGAGUAUUUUUUCUAUCGAUUGAAGAGCUUUAUGAAAGAAUCAAAGGAUUAAUGGGAGUUCUUGAACUUCCGGAUAAAGGUCGAAUGAUCAAAAAGCUCAGUGGGGGACAAAAGCGACGUGUUUCUUUCGCUAUCGCUCUCAUUCAUCGACCAGGUCUCUUGAUUCUAGAUGAACCUACUUCAGGAGUCGAUCCUUUAUUGAGGGAAAAACUUUGGCAACAUUUAAUGUGCAUUUCUAAAAAUCAAGGAGCCACAAUAAUCAUAACAACCCAUUACAUUGAAGAGGCUCGCAGGUCACAUAAUGUGGGCUUCAUGAGACAAGGAAGACUUUUAAUGCAAGAAGAUCCUGAUCGCCUUUUAGCAGAUCGUGGGGUCGAAACACUGGAAGAUGCUUUCCUCGAUAUCUGUAGGAAUCAAGGUAGAAUCAGUUGUGUUCCUGAACAAGAAAAGAUAGAGUACAAGGGAAAUGUUCCAACUGCAACUUUCGUCACCGAUCCAGUCCUGAUUAAGAAACGAAUCCGCGAAUGGUUUUUCAUAUUCUUUGGUGCCCUUUGGCGACAUUUAGUCAGUGAUAUUCGAGAACCUUUGACUAUUGGCUUUCAAUACGUCAUUCCAAUUCUGUCCAUGUUACUGUUUGCCCUUUGUAUCGGUGGUCAACCAUUUGACAUUCCUCUUGGAAUUGUGAACGAAGAAGUUGGAUUUGAAGGAUUUUUGGGUCGACAGUUUGUUGGCUCUUUGGAUCCUCAUCUUUUCAAUGUUUUCAACUAUUCGGAUCUUAGUGAGGCAGCUGAAGCGGCCAAAGUUCGUGAAGUUUGGGGAUAUCUCCAUAUAAAAAGAGGAUUCACUGAAUCGCUAUACGAUGUUCUGUUUCCCGAUAGUGAACCACUUAAUUCAUCAAUCCAAUCAAGUCAUAUCAACCUCCAUGCCGAUCUAACAGAUCGAGUAAUCACAACUACGAUGCAUCGCUAUUUAGAUGAGUCUUUUAUCAGUUUUGUGCAACAGGUUAUUAAAGAUUACAACAAAGAGGAUCCUGAUGUCCGAAUGCCACAAUUUAUCGCCAAUCUUCCAAUCAAAAUGGGAUCACCGAUCUAUGGACGAUUAGAGAAGAAAAGUUAUCGUGGUUAUCGUGAUUUCAUGUUGCCAGGAUUAAUUGUCAACAUAACUUAUGCCAUUGCCUAUUCUCUUACAGCACUUAAUCUAAUUAAUGAGCGUAAAAAUCAAACUUUCGAGAGAAAUUAUGUCGCUGGUGUUAAACCUUCGCAAAUGUUAUUAGCGUUCGCCCUAAGUCGUGUCAUCAUGAUGUCCCUUUAUCUCUUCUUGAUCAUUUAUCUUCCCAUCGCUGUCUUCAGUAUGCCAGUCGAUUGUAUUCAUAUUCUUCAUUCACUUCCACUUUUGAUGCUACUCAAUAUCUCUGGAAUGACCUAUGGAAUGGUCGUGUCCGCUCUCUGUGAUUCAAUUGAACAAUGUGCCGUUUUCUCGGCUGCCACUUUAUUUAUAAUUCUUUUCAUGAGUGGAACAAUUUGGCCUAUGGAAGCAAUUCCAGCUUAUUUCCGUUGGCUGUGUGAAUACGCGCCGACAACGGCGGCCAAUGAAGCCCUGCGUGAUAUUUGGUAUAAAGAUUGGAGUAUUUUCUCACCGCGAGUGGCCACCGCUCACGGAAUUACACUUGUCUGGACAUUUGUUUUCUUUUUAAUUGGUUUAAGAUUUUUUAGACUAAGCAAAUAAUUAACUUUCAAUUUUUACAAACCAUUUUCUUGUAAAUCAUCAUCAAUCUAACCACCAUCGAUAAUUUCAUCAAUCACCAUCAUUUUUAUCACUUUUAUAUUUUAAUACUUUUUGUAAAACCCAAAUGCCAAAGAAAACCUUUUUUUGCAUAUUCAUUGAGCGCAAAAAAAUGAUCAACAAUCAACACAAACACACAAACACGUAUAAAGAAAUUAAAAUAUGUAUUUUUUAUAUUUAUGAUUUUAAAAUCAAGAAAAUAGAUUAAAAAAGUUGAGAAUUAAUCAGUUUUGAAAUUAAAAAAUAUAAACGAAA